AUGGGGUGGUUCAGCAGCUCUAAGACGCCGGAGAAGCCUGACCCAGCGUCGAGAACCGAUAGGCAGAAGUGUUGGGACAGCCGGGACGCUUACUUCGCAUGCCUGGACGGUGCCAAAGUUGUCAAGCCCGGUGACGAGGGCAGUGCAUGCGAUGUUCCGAAGGCGGCGUACGAGCGGAACUGUGCAAAAAGUUGGAUCGACUACUUCAACAAACGUCGAGUGCUGGCGGAGCAACAGCAGGGUGUCCUGGCCCAAGCCAACACCCAAUCGAGUGCUACAGCGCGCAGGUAG